AUGGGUAUUCUGGCCCAGCACGUCCCGUCCAUUGAGCAAUUGAAGCCUGGCUUGAUCGAAAUCAUUGAAGAGAGCGGUGGAAACAAACAAUUUUUCCUUUCUGGAGGGUUUGCCAUUGUCCAGCCCAACUCGCACUUGACCAUAAACGCCGUGGAAGGUUUCCCGCUGGAAGACUUCAGCGAAGAGGCUGUCAGAUCACAAAUCGCCGAAGCCCAAAAGAUUGCCAGCGGCAACGGAAGUGAGCAGGAUAUCGCCGAGGCGAAGAUCGAGCUUGAGGUAAUGAAGAACCCUCAUGCGGCGGCCGAACAGGUUCUUGAAUCAUUGCAGGCAGCAAUGAAAUAA